AUGUACCUGGAGAAACCGCCAACUACAGUAAGAAUCUUUGAUCGUAACGAUUACUACAGCGUCCAUGGAGUCGACGCUACUACAGCAUCUCGAGAGGUGUUCUCGUCGAUUUCUAACAUUAAGAGAAUGGGUAUUACACCCAACUGUCUCGAUUAUCUGGUGUUGUCUAAAGGAAAUUUUGAAAUACUCAUAAGGAAGUUAUUACUGGUCAGACGAUAUAGGGUAGAAAUAUAUGUUGCAGAAGGUUCCAUAAAAGCAUGUGAUUGGACACUCAAGUAUAAAGGGUCGCCAGGCUAUUUGUCACAAUUGGAAGAAAUUUUAGGUGAAGGGUUAGGAUCUUCCAAAGAAAAUGCGCCAUGUCUAAUGACGGUUAAUAUUAAGACCGAUGCAAUUUCUAAAGGUCGAUUAGUGGGUGUUGCGUGUAUUUCGCCGGCUGAUUAUCUUCUAUCGGUGUCGGAGUUUACAGAUGACGAUUUGUUCACGGAACUAGAAACUAUUGCAGUACAAAUGGCGCCUUCAGAGUGUGUUAUUAUGCAAAGCGAUAAUGAGGAUUACAAAUCGUUAAAAAAAGUGAUGGAUAGAGCCAACAUCACGUUAACUAAAGUGAAAAAGACCGAGUUCUCGACGGAAGGUCUUAUACAGGACUUGAACCGGUUACUAAAGUUUAAGGAAAACCAACAGCAAGAUGCCAAUGCGUUCCCAGAGACGAACAAAACCGUAGCCAUGACGAGCUUAGCCGCCGCCAUAAAAUAUACAUCUCUGUUAAAUGAUAGCACUAACUUUGGCAGAUUUCGUCUAGCUACAAUUCAAGCGGAUUGCUUCCUCCAUUUAGAUGCUGCUGCGUUGACGGCGCUUAAUGUGUUUCCAGACUUAGAAGAUAUGAGCCAUUCUCCUUCUAGAAGUUUGUUUGGUUUGUUGGACAGAUGCAGGACCCAACAUGGAAAGAGACUGCUAGCCCAAUGGCUUCGUCAACCAUUAAGAGAUAUAAAUCUAAUAAAUGAAAGGUUAGAUAUAGUGGAACUUUUAAUGGAGAAUUCACAACUACGUUUGCAAUUACACGAAGAACAUUUGAAAAGGAUUCCUGAUUUGCAAGCUUUGGCUAGACGUCUUACACGGAAGAAGGCCAAUUUGCAAGAUUGUUAUCGGAUCUAUCAGGCUAUCGAUCGAUUGCCACAUCUACUGCAGUGUUUGGGGGAAGCAAACAAUUCUACAGUGCACUCGUCCCUGACUGAACCCAUAUCGGAACUGAAUAACGACCUUGAAAAAUUCCAGCAAAUGAUUGAAGCAACAGUUGAUAUGGAUGCCAUUGAUAGAGGGGAUUUUUUAGUCAAGCCAUCAUUUGAUGAACAAUUACAAAGUUUAUCAGAAGAAUUGGACAAGUUACAAAAUGCAGCAGACAAGGAACUCAACAAAGCAGCUAGGGACUUAGGCAUGGACGCUGGGAAAACUAUUAAAUUAGAAAACAACCCACAAAAUGGAUUUUGUUUCAGAGUAACUUUAAAAGAAGAGCAAAAUCUACGUGGAAACAAAAAAUACAAAAUAAUCGAUGCUGUUAGGGCUGGAGUCAGAUUUAAAACGAGCGCAUUAGAAACUAUCACAGAAGAUUACACUCAAGCUAAAGCUGCGUAUGAAAAAGAACAAGAUAAAGUGGUUUCUGAGAUCAUUUGUAUUGCUGCCGGUUAUUCAGAAUGUUUAACAUGUCUGUCUCACAUACUCUCUCGCCUGGACGUGCUAGUGUCGUUUGCGAUAGCAGCCGCCACCGCGCCCUAUCCAUACUGCCGGCCGGAGAUCACUGAGAGCUUGGACGAGUUUAUACUGAAGGAUGUGAGACACCCGUGCUUGGAAAUACAGGAGGGUGUUUCUUAUAUACCCAAUGAUGUGGUGUUUAAACGAGGAUCAUGCAUAAUGCACAUAGUGACUGGCGCGAACAUGGGCGGCAAGUCGACGUGGAUGCGGUCGGCGGGCGCGGCGGCGCUGCUGGCGCACGCGGGCGCGCCCGUGGCGGCGGCGCGCGCGCGCCUGCCGCGCCUGCGGGCGCUGUGCGCGCGCGUGGGCGCCGCCGACUGCGAGGGCAAGGGGCUGAGCACCUUCAUGGUGGAGAUGAUCGAGUCUGCGAGUAUACUGAGGACGGCAACGCCUGAUUCUCUCGUACUAGUGGAUGAACUCGGCAGAGGGACUUCGACUUACGAAGGCUGUGGAAUUGCGUGGGCUAUUGCAGAAAAAUUAGCAACGGAAAUCCAAUGUUUCUGCCUAUUCGCGACGCACUACCACGAACUGACGCAACUGCCGAGUCUGCACCCCAACGUGAUAGUGAACUCUCACGCCGAGGCCUCCGUACUGAACGGUCAACUGCUACUGCUGCACAAGAUACUACCAGGCCCGGCGACACAUUCACUGGGAUUACAUGUUGCUAAACUGGCUGGCUUACCCGAUUCUGUUAUUAAGUAUGCUGAAGAAAAACAAGCCCAAUUAGAAGUAAAUCUAUUUGAUCCUGAGUUUGCUGUCAAGUCUGAAGACACAUCCGAAGGACAAAAAUUAAUUGAAGAUUUCUUGCGUAAAUGUAAAGAGAUAAACGAAACCAUUUCAUCCGAUGAAGAAAUGUUUCAAGAAAUAAAUAAACUAAAGCAAGAACUGCUAAAUCAUGACAAUAACUACAUUAAGUCACUAACUUCU